GCCGCCUUGCUGACGUCAUCAGAGCGCGACGGGCUAAAAUGGCCGAAGCGGCGGAGGGUCGCAGAGAGGAGGCGGUUGUGGCUGUUGCGGGGCCUUCCCCGUCCUCAGUGGCGGCGGAGGAGGGGGGAACGACGUCCGUUGUCGCCGUAGUGGCCCCCGACGGGCAGGAGAAGGGCCAGGGCGAAGCCGAGGAGGAGGAGGAGGCGCCGCCGAGGGAGGUCAAAACUGAGGCGCCUUCAGAGCUGCCCCCGGGAGAAACAGAGGAGCCUCUGCUGCAGUCUUCGGCCAACAAGAGAAUGAAGAUAGAGGUAAAGGAGAAAAAGGAGAAAAGGCACAAGGUGGAUGAAGACGAGAUCCAGAAGAUGCAAAUAUUAGUUUCCUCUUUUUCUGAAGAACAACUCAAUCGUUACGAGAUGUAUCGCAGAUCAGCUUUCCCAAAGGCUGCUAUUAAACGGUUGAUCCAGUCAAUUACUGGAACCUCAGUCUCUCAGAACGUGGUUAUUGCCAUGUCAGGGAUUUCCAAAGUUUUUGUUGGAGAGGUGGUAGAAGAGGCUCUAGAUGUAUGUGAGAAGUGGGGAGAGUCACCACCUCUGCAACCUAAACAUAUGCGUGAAGCUGUCAGACGGCUGAAGUCAAGAGGACAGAUCCCCAAUUCAAAAUAUAAGAAAAUCCUCUUUCAGUAAAAAGACACUGAGAAAGGACUAAGUGGAAUGGGGAUUUUCCAGGCUGGAUUAAAAGAAGAAAACCUCUGCUGCUGUCAAUACCAAUACAGAUCAUCUGAAAUCCUGGGUCCUUGCACACAAAAAAAACUUUACUGUAGGUAAUUUGGACUGAAUAUAGAAGCGCUUUCCAAGUAUGUUGAAGCACUAAACUGUAUAACAAUUCUAUGAUGAAACUAUCUUUGAGGUGAUAAUUUGUGAUUUUUUAAAGAAAAUAAUAAAUUAACAAAAUAAGAAA